AUGGCUCCCGCCUUAAAGAAGUACGACUGGAUCCUUGCCAUCUGCACCAUUGCCUUCGUCGCCUCGUCGGCCUCCAACGGUGCCAACGAUGUCGCCAACUCAUACGCCACAUCGGUGGCUGCUCGGACCCUGAAGAUGUGGCAGGCCGGUAUCCUGGCUUCUGGUACUGAGUUCCUCGGUGCUGUUGCGCUGGGCUCCCGCGUUACUGGUACUAUCAAGAGCGGUAUCUUUGCUCUCGACACUUUCAAGCCUGUUCCUGCUACCCUCAUGCUCGCCAUGAGCUGUGCUGAAGUCGGAUCUGCUACUUUCCUCACCAUCGCGACCCUUGCUGGUAUGCCAGUAUCUACCACCCAGACUGUCGUCGGAGCCCUUGCCGGUGCCGGUAUUGCUGCUCAGUCACCUCUUAGCUGGGGCUGGAAGAAGGGAUCCAUCUCCCAAAUCGCCGCCUCAUGGGUCAUCGCUCCCUUCCUCGCCGCCGCCUUCGCCGCCGUCCUCUUCCUGACCAUCAAGUUCGGUGUCCACCAGAGGAAGGACCCGCUCAAGUGGGGUCUUCGCCUCAUCCCCUUCUACCUUGCAUUCACCGCCGGUGUCCUCGCUCUUUUCAUCAUUGACGAGCUGCCAAAUGGAGAGUCUCUCGAGGAGAUGGGUCCUGGCAAGGCUUGUGGUAUCAUAUUGGGUGUCUUUGCCGGAAUGCUCGCCAUCUCCUACAUUUUCUUCGUCCCCUACUUCACACGCCGUCUUAUCAAGGGUGACACCAGGCUGAGGGUAUGGCACCUCCCUCUCGGUCCCCUUCUGUACCGCGAGAACCCUCCCAUCUACUUCCCCGGCAAGGGCGACCAGAUCGUCACCGACUACUACGCCAGGGCAGCCUCCGUCGAUAUCGAACAGGAGAACUUCAAGGGCGAGAAGGGCGCUGGUCACUCAACAUCCGUCGACAACAACUCUUCCGGAAACAGCGACAACAUUGAUGUUGAGAACGGUGGCCGCGGACUUUCGCGCCCACUUCCCCGCGAUGGCGCCGUUGCCCACAUCGCUCCUGCUAAGCCCGAACCCGAGGAGCGCUGGUUGAAGCCUGUUGAACAUCUCCCGGCCUACUCGCCCAAGAAGAUUGUAGCCUGGACCAAGUAUAUCCUUCUCCAGGGUGUCUCACGAGACGUCGUUACCCAGAAAGGUCUUGACAGUGUCCACUCCCGCGCUAUCGUCUACGACAACCGUGUCGAACAUCUCUGGACCUACGCCCAAGUUGCCUCCGCCAUGAUGAUGUCCAUUGCCCAUGGUUCCAACGAUGUUGCCAACGCCGUUGGUCCUUGGGUAGCAACCUACAACACCUACACCACAGGCGUCGUCACAAAGGAGGCCGACACCCCCAUCUGGAUCCUCAUCGUCGCUGGUAUUCUCCUCGGCGCAGGCUUCUGGUUCUACGGCUACCACAUCGUACGCGCGCUCGGUAACAAGAUCACACAAGUUUCUCCCACCCGUGGCUUCUCCAUGGAGUUGGGUGCGGCCAUCACCGUGCUGCUCGCUUCUAGACUGGCGCUUCCCGUAUCGACCACACAGUGCUUGACGGGUGCGACGAUUGGUGUUGCCCUGUGCAAUUUCGAUCUCAAGGCCGUCAAUUGGAAACAGGUUGGAUUCAUCUUUUCCGGUUGGAUCAUCACCCUACCUGGUGCGGGGCUGAUUUCUGGGUUGCUCAUGGUUAUGGCGCUUAACACGCCGCAUUUCUAG